GUGCUGAUUCGAAUACAAUGUCAUUUCAGUUCAAUUCCACCUCCUUCUUUCAAACCUUUCACCUCAUCCACCGUCUCAAGCUGGAAAGACUUGUGGACCAAGACUAGGAAGCGCAUUCAAAAUUGUUCUCUCACUUUUGAGUUUUCUUUGGACCAAGACUAGGAAGUUUCUCCUCUUAAUUUUGUUACUGUGAUGACUGACAAUAGUGAAGUGAGACUCCCAUGUUCUCCCACUUGUGAUUUUUCUCUGGACCGGGGACAGGAAGUUGGCACUCUACAUCUUCAAUUCCUAACUUACAUUUUAUUCCCAUCUUCAAUUCCUCUUAAUUUUAUUCAUUGGUUUAUAUCUCUUAAUAUAUAUCUCAAAGAUGUCUUAUCAUUGAAUCUUUACUUUUCUGCAAGUUUUUUCCUUUCUAUUGAAUGUUCAUAAUUUAGGAAGUUUCCUGUAAUGUCUUGUUAUUCUCAUAGUCAAAGUUCAGAAAGACUUGUUGCACUACAAGUUAACAAAAAACCUGAGCAUAUCUCUGAACAUCAUCUCCUCCCUUAACGAAUUCUUAAUCCCUCUUUCUUGAUCACCAAUCUUUCUUCAUGAUAAGUUGAAUUCAAAUCUUUCUCACAACCAUAUCUUAUUAUUUAAUAUUUAUUCUCUCUCAUGUAUCCAUAUUCUUUUUUUUUUUUUGAUAGGCAUCCAUAUUCUUUUAUGUUCUUGCUUUUUUUUUUUUAACAGAAGCAUUGAGAUCAGUUGGUGACUGCUUCUAAAAAAGGGAAAGAAGAUGGAUUCAACCUUUUCUGGUGCUAACGAUUUCACAAAUGGAUACCAGUUUUGUGAAGAAGGGAACAUAUUUGUCACGGAUCCAAAUCCAUAUGCAGCAUACUGGGAUGUGUUUCAUCAACAUGGGAACCUCUUAGAUGUUGACCCCCUUGGUUUUGCAGCAAAUACGAGCUCUGUAGAAGAAGGUUUUGUGACAUCCAUGUCCAUGAACUCGGUGACAGAUCCUUCUCUGGAAGACACUGACUUCUCAAAAACCACCGAGUUCAUAAGCCAAAUUCUGAUGGAAGAGAACCUUGAACAGGGUCCAUUUUAUGACUCCCUGAGCCUGCAACUCACAGAGAAAUCAUUCCAUGAUGCUCUCAUAGACAAUAAGUCAUCUCUUCCACCAAAUCAACAGCACUUAAAUGUUCAAAGCCCUUACGGUGAAACUACUAGCAGUGACAGUGACAACAUCAGCAAUUUACACUACAAUUCUUGUGAGUUGAAUUCCCCUCCUCUGCAUACCCCUGUUGCAGUUCUCGAUGAGCAUGUGUUUCAGCUUAACUCUCAUGGGCUGCUAGACUUCGAUUCUUCUGUUACCAAACCGUUGGCACAAAAUAUUUUCAGUGAUGCAGAUUCAGCUACCAAGUUUCUUCUUCCUCCAGAACCCCAGAUUGUGACUGGUGUAGAGUCAUGUGGAGAAUCAUCGAAGAUAGUUGCAGAGAAUUCUUUUGGGUUAAAGGGUAGUAGAAAGAAUCGUGAGCGUGGAGAAAGUGAUUUUGAGGAAGAAGAGAGAAGUAACAAGCAAUCAGCAGUUGGUGUUGUUGAUGAGGUGGAUGACUUAUCUGAUAUGUUUGAUCGAGUGCUGGUACAUAUGGAACAAUUGCCACUUAGUAAUGAACAUGAUUCCCUACGGGGUGGCGCAGCAAAAGAGAAACAGCAAGAUGAAAAGCCACCUUCAUCUAAUGUAGGGAAGGCUCAUCCAAAGAAACAAGGCAGGAAGAAGGAAACGGUGGACGUGAGGGCUCUUCUGCUUCUUUGUGCACAAGCUAUUCAUACCAAUGAUAAGAGGGGCGCUAGUGAACUUCUAAAGCAGAUAAGGCAGCAUUCUUCUCCCUUUGGUGAUGGGUCACAAAGAUUGGCUCAUUACUUUGCCAAUGGCCUUGAGGCACGCUUGGUUGGGGAUGGUUCAGGUGCACAAUUAUUUAAUUCUACUCCUGCCCACAAGACAACCUCUGCUGAUGAUUUCUACAAAGGUUACCAAAUUUAUCUAUCUCCUAACCCGAACAAAAAGUUUGCACAUUUCUAUGUUAACAAAAUGAUUCAGAAAGCAUCGGCAAAAGCUGAAUCUCUUCAUAUUAUUGAUUUUGGUAUCUUAUAUGGCUUCCAGUGGCCAUUACUCAUCAAGUUUUUAUCUGAAAGAGAUGGUGGACCUCCCAAGCUGAGGAUCACAGGGAUAGAGUUCCCUUUACCUGGCUUUCGCCCCACACAAAGGAUUGAGGAGACUGGUCGUCGUUUGGCUAACUAUUGCAAGCGGUUCAAUGUUCCCUUUGAGUACAUUGCCAUAGCAUCACGGAACUGGGAAACCAUUCGAGUUGAAGACCUUAAAAUUAAGAGCAACGAGUUUGUUGCUGUAAACUGCAUGAUGAGGUUCAAGAAUUUGUUAGAUGAGACUAGUGAAAUGAACAGUCCCAGAGAUGCUGUACUGCUUUUGAUCAGGAAGAUAAAUCCAGAUAUUUUUGCUCAGGCCAUCAUUAAUGGAUCUUUUAGCACUCCUUUCUUUAUCACACGGUUUAGGGAAGCCUUGUUCCAUUUUUCUGCUAUUCUAGACAUGCUUGACAGUGUCUGGUCCCGGGAAAACCAAUGGAGGAUGAUGAGUGAGAGAGAGAUCGUGGGUCGGAGCUCUAUGAAUGUGAUAGCAUGUGAAGGUUUUGAGAGGCUUGAGAGGCCUGAGACAUACAAACAGUGGCAGAUUAGGAACACAAGGGCUGGUUUCAAGCAGCUUCCUCUGAAUCAGAAAUUGAUGGCUAAGUUUAGGAGCAAGUUAAAGAAAUGGCAACCCGAUAAUUUUGUGAUUGACGAAGACAGCAAUUGGAUGCUUCAGAGUUGGAAAGGACGCAUUCUGUCUGGUUGUACUAUCUGGGUGCCUGCAAAAUGAACUUACCACACUUGAAUAAACACGUCGGUGGUGUUACAGUGCCUGAGGAGCAACGUAAUCAUAGUGGAACAGAAUCACAAUAGCAGCUGCAGGAUCGAACGCAUUGCAGAGGCUAGGGUUCCAAUGGUCCGAAUUGACGAGUUCAGUUGUGGCAAUUGCAGAGGCGAACGGUGAGAAUGGUAUACAACAGGAGAAUCUGACUGAACUAUGAGGUCCAUUUUUUGGUUAGUUCUUCUCCAUUGUUGAAGAUUCUCGCUUCUCCGGUGAAUAGACUCCAUCUCUACCCGCUUUCUCUGUGAGGGUAUUGACCUCAUACGAGGUUUGGUUUCAAAUUCAAUGCACUUUCUUAAGGGUGUGGUCAUUGAAAAAAAAAAAAAUAAUUCUUAGCUUUGUAAUUUUUUUUACUUAAUCUCGGAUGCAUGCCCUGUCUUGUGGUGGUGACCAAAGUCGAAUUCACUCAAAUUUUAUUUAUUGAAAAGUUAAAUAAAUAUCAUUAUUACAUAUGAUUUAUUUCU